ACAAACAAGACUAGGAGAUGAGCCAUCUCUAUUUUUAGAAACAUAAUGCGGAAACGGAACUAAAGAUUUAGAAAAUAAAUAGACUGAGGAGGGUGAUUGUGAGUCAGUUACAUAAAAUAGAAUUUUAGCUUGCUAAUAAACUACAAGAUGUUCGCCCAAGUUUAUCCUAGUUCAGGUCAACCUAAUAAUCCAGAUUUAUUUGAGGAAGUGAAAUUAAACAGAACAGCAAGAGACAGAGAAAAGUAUGAUAAUAUGGCUGAAUUGUAUGCAGUGAUUAACACUAUACAAAGUUUAGAAAAAGCUUAUAUAAGGGAUGCUGUUGCGCCUAAAGAAUAUACAGCAGCAUGUUCUAAAUUAUUAGUUCAGUAUAAAGCAGCCUUUCGACAAGUACAGAGUGAAUAUACAACAGUUGAAGAAUUUAUGAAGAAAUAUAGACUUGACUGUCCUGCAGCAUUAGAAAGAAUAAAAGAAUUACGACCAAUUACAAUAAAAGACGACAAAGGAAAUACUAGUAAAUGUAUUGCCGAUAUUGUUUCAUUAUAUAUAACUGUGAUGGAUAAAUUAAGACUUGAAAUAAAAGCUAUGGAUGAGAUUCAUCCUGAUAUACGUGACCUCGAUGAAACUAUGAGUCGACUCAGUAUUUUACCAGCUAACUUUGAGGGAAGAGAAACAGUAAAGAAAUGGCUGGAUACUCUUAGCUCCAUGACAGCAUCAGAUGAACUAGACAACAACCAAGUUCGUCAGAUGUUAUUUGAUUUAGAAUCAUCCUACAAUGCUUUCAACAGAGUUUUACAUGAUUAUUAAUCAUUUAUUUCAAGAACUGUUAAAUGAUUGUCUUAUCAUGUGCCAUCAAUUUGGAGUUUCAGUCAUUUUUAUUUAAAAUAAUUGUCAGUUUGAUGAAGUGUGACGUGUUUUGUUUUAUGAAAUAGUGCAUACCGUACAUUUAAAAAUUUUGGUCCCGAGAUGUAAACUAAUUUGAAUAAAGCUUACUCUUUUGCGGAUCGAAUAAACACAUCAGAACAAAUCCUGUGCUUCAAUUUUUUUUUUUUUUGAACAAAAAUAAAGCAGCUUUUAUAAGUUGAUCAAAUUCAUUAAUUCUAUUGGUAAUGUGGAGUUAAAAAUUUUGAACUAACAAUUGAGGGAUAUUACUUAAAUGAUCAUAAAAAAUACUGAAGCCAGGUAUUUUAUUUUAGUACCUUUAUUAAAAUGUUUAUGGAAGGUUAUACUGAUAGAAAAUUUGAAUGAAUGAAAUGGGGUUUAUAACAUCCUAAUUUUCUUCACCAACUGGGCAAAUGAAGACGGGUAUAAGCCAUUCAGUGUGCUGUGAGGGAAAUUUUGCCUGGACAGUGGCGUUACAGCCUACUCUUAUUUUAAAUUGUCUGGUUUUUUUUGUACCAUUCAAACAACUAGAUGCUGUUCUUUGUCAGGAAUUCAAACAAAGGGUAAACCAUGCGAGACACUCUCGAGAAACUAUCUUGGCCAACACCGGGAGCGAACCCUAAACUUCCUGUUUACUAAGCCAGCUUCUUACUCACCUCGUCUCCCAAGGUAUCAUACUCAUCUGAGACAAACUACCUGAUUGUUAUGCAAAUGAUGCUUAUAUAUAUAUUUCAGUUGAAAGGCCUGCAAUUUCUAACAUGAAAUUAUAUUUAAGCAGUUCCUUCAAAUACUGAAAUUAUUUUAAAAUUUUGCAUCACUGUCUGCUUGAUUGCUUAUAAAUAAUGAAUAGCUUCAGAAUUUGAUUCCAUUCAUCAUAAUGAUUUUUGUUGCUUAGCAAUACCCAUUUGUUCUAUUGUACAUGACUGUAGUUAAGUGUAUCACUAGUUUAUUCCUUUUAUAUCUUACAGUGAGUUUGAAUCAUGAAUUUAUAAUUGCACUUUAUACAAUAAAGAUCAGAUUGAUGUCAUUAAAAAUUAAUGUAUAUUUUGACAUAUUUAGAUGUAUAUUUGUAAAUUCUCUAUGUUAACUGUACCACACAGAAGUUUACCAUUGUAACUACAGGUUUUAAUUCUUUUGUUGUACACUGUAUAUAUCUUUAUUAUAUUAAAAUAAUAGAAACAUAAAUUGUUUCCGAUUAUUAUUCAUACAAGAGCUUAGCUUUAUUGUAAGACAUUGAACUCUGCGGACAUAUACAUUAAGUUUAUGCAAAUUAAUCAGUUGUAAAUAUCACUGGUAAGGAUGAUAUCAAGGCUAUUUAAUUAGCCCUCGAUAUUAACUUUUUUUCUUCUGCAAAUAGAAUUUUAAAACACUUUAAUUAA